AUGUCGAAACGGCGUUUCAAUCCAUCGGAGGAGGAGAAGAUUCCAAUAGUAGAGAAAUUGUAUAGAUCACGGAGUACUACUUUAGUACUACCGCGUUCAAUUCUAGGCAAGAAUCAACCCUCCUUCAAUGCAGCUGGUGGUUUUAUGGACGAUGACGAUGAGUAUGAAGAACGACGCGAGAAAAUAAGCCAGUCGAGACAGCAGAGAGCGGAUGCAAAGUUUGCCAACCAAGAAUGCCCCGAUACCUGCAUUAAGUGCAAGCGACCGAUGUUCGACUCAUGGUUGUGGGAACGAUACAGCCAUCCCGACUGUGAUCUGGAUCUACGGAAACCAGUACUACGCUACUGGGCAAAAAAGAAUCCUCAUAAUCCACGUUAUGGUGACAUGAAGCUGUAUCUGAAAUGUCAGGUAGUUGAGCGGAUGCUUGAAAUUUACGGUAGUUGGGAGGAAUUCGAAGCGGAGAAGAAAUUGCGCGCUACACAAAAAGAAACUAGAGCCGAGAAAAACUUUGAGAAGAAAAAAAAAAAAGAAGGUCAAGGAAAUGAGGCAGCAUGUUUGGGCGAAUUAUCUCUGCGUUCUAUUCAGAUUCGUGGUCUUUCCGGUGUGAAAAUCGAAGAAACUGCUGCCCAUGACCAUACCUAUGGUGAGGAAGAGUAUGAUGAAGACAAGGAUGAAUAUUCUAAGCAAUGCACCCAAUGUGAUUAUGUGCUGAGAUAUGAGAAAUGUAAGUACUGA